GUCGAGCGUCCUCUAUAGCGACAUGUUCAUGUGUUGCCCGCCGUUGCAAUACUCUUGCGACACCUGGUACGGGUAUGGCAACCGAUCGCGCCGAGGCUAAGCCAAUCAGCGAUCAAGAUCAUGGCUGUGAGUCAUUUGAUUGGUGGAAACUGUAAAAAGGUCACUUGACGCACUUGUUCCGUGCAUUGGUGUUGAAGCAUUUUAGAAUUUCCAUCCAAGGGAUCAUGUCGAGCGGAUACGAAUGGGCCACGUCCACGGAAGCGUUCCUUGCCGCAACCAGCGGCCGACGAGGAGUGUCCAGUGCGUACCAAUUGCGUGCGUUGCCGUGUCCGUCCGAGAUUCCGUCGCUGUCGUUCGACAUGGAGAUCUACGUCGACCGCGCCCCCAUGAACGAGCUCAAGUUUGUCGUGGCCAAGCGGAAGAACAUGUUCGACUUGAUGGAACAUGGUACGUGCGCGGGGCUGAAGCGCGCACGGGUGCAAUGGUGAGCCAUAUCCCCAAAUGCCGUAAUCACCCAUCGUCAAAGGCCGGUCCAGUUUGGAGAUGCAGCGUUCGAUACCUUUCAUAUUUAUAAGCAAAAUCACAACAUCCAUUCCGCGUAUCUGACGCCAUUUUGUACAGUCGUAUAUGCAACACAUAAUGGGGUCCACCUACGGAUGAACCACUUGCUUACGGAGUGAUAUAUGGCCGGCAGCGUAGUCGCCGUCGUACUGCUCCAGCUCCUUCCCACCGUGUCUCGUACACCCUGUACAUGUACCUGUGCAAAGGUCGCGCGUAUGCAUGACACCU